CGGACUUCCACCGCGGGAAUGUUUAACUGGAGCUCUGAAGCCGGCGUCGUAUCCGAAAAGUCUGUCAGAAAUUAUCCGGAGCGCUUUGACCAAACCUGGAGCUUCAGUCGGAUCAUGGCAGUGUCAUCAUCCAUGCGCGCGCUCGUCUCCAGAAGACCACUGGAUCUUAUCUCGGUUUUAAACUCUUUGUGGAGUUUGUGACCUGCUAAUCUGGAUCUUCAGAAAGUUGUUUCGCCGCUGAGGUGUUUUUGUUUGUUUGUUUGGACCGUUAUUAUAAUGUUGAGGUGAUUUUUCCGUCGCGCGAAGCUUCGCUGAAGGUUUCAGGAUUAUGAGUCCCUCAUGACACCGAUGUCUCCCUCUUGCUGGAUUUUAAAGAAGACCGUUUCUACAGGCUUGGGAUACUUUGGUUUUUCAUUUUGUUUCUUUACCCCCCGUGCGUCUGGAGCGAAUUUAGGAUGCUGUGUCUGUCUCCUCCAGUAACCUACAACCUGUUAUUCUGGUUUUUAAUUCUCCAAACGCCACAAUCAACUGCACCUUUAAUCACCGGUACAGAGGCUAGCUGUGAAAACGAGGGAGAAGUGUUACACAUCCCCAACAUCACAGACAACCCCUGCAUCUCCUGCGUCUGUCUGAAUCAGAAAGCGGAGUGUAAGCAGGAGAAGUGUGCACCGCUGGCAGAGGACUGUGCGCUGGUGGUCAAACAGACGGGAGCCUGCUGUGAAAAAUGCAAAGGUUGUCUUCUGAAAGGGACGUCCUACAACAGUUCCCAUCACUGGAUAAGCCCUGUGAAACCCUGUGUCACGUACAGCUGUCAGGAAGGUGUCAUCACUGAAGCAGAGAUGAGGUGUGUCAUUCACUGUAAGAACCCUAAAAUCCACCCCAAGAAAUGCUGCCCUACAUGUCCAGGGUGCAUUUUUGAGGGGAAUUUAUAUAAAGAAGAUGAAGAAUUUCACCCUGAAGGGAAUCCCUGUAUUAAAUGCGUCUGCACUGGAGGGCAAAGCAUGUGUCAUAAAUUGGUGUGUCCUGUUCUGUCCUGCCCGUCUCAUCUUACCCACACUCCACCUGGCCAGUGCUGUCCAAGAUGUCGGGGUCAGAGGAGGGUGUUUGACUUAUCGCCAGGCAGCUGUUUGUUCCAUAGUGAGGUUUAUGAGAACGGCUCCUCUAUCAGCUAUGAUAACUGCACCACCUGCACCUGUGUGGACUCCACAGUGCUCUGCAGGAAGAGAUGCUCUCCGCCUGGCAGCUGUCAUGGCACUGCCUGCUGCGAAGCCUGCCAGUCUCUCCUCAAGAUGGAAGAUGUGAAAUACUGCAGAGUCAAGAGCAAAAUCUAUAGGGAUGGCGACAGAUGGUCGUCUGUGAACUGUUCUCUGUGCACAUGCGUUAAAGGGAAUAUUCAAUGUCAGCCUAAGAUUUGCGUUCCUAUCACCAGCUGUCCCUCGAAUAAGAUACUGAAUCGCACUGGCUGCUGUCCUGUUUGCACUGACAAGCCAGGCGUGUGUACCGUAUUUGGAGACCCUCACUAUAACACUUUUGAUGGCCGUACCUUCAACUUCCAGGGCACGUGUAAAUAUGUGCUCACCAAGGACUGUUCCCCAGCGGCCAGUUUCACAGUGCUUGUGAAGAACGAUGCCCGACGCACACGUUCCUUCUCAUGGACCAAAUCAGUGGAGCUGCACACGUCCGGUCUGAGCAUCAGCCUUCACCAACACCUGACCGUCCGGCAGAACGGCACACGCAUCGCUCUUCCCUUUCACAGCACCGGCGUCCACAUCGACCUGGAUGGAUACCUGCUCAAACUCACCACCAUCGCAGGACUGGAGAUCACGUGGGAUGGGGACAGUCUGGUGGAGGUGGUCGCAGCGCCUCAUCUGAAGGGGCAGCUGUGUGGUCUUUGUGGAAACUACAACGGUCAGCGGCGAGACGACUCUCUUGGAGGAGACGGACAGUUUAAGUUUGACGUGGAUGAACUUGCUGAAUCGUGGCGUGUGGAGGACAACGAGCUGUGCGAAGUACAGAACCGCCGGCCCACAUCCUUUCUCUGUGCCGGAACAGUCAAGGUGAAGCUCCGCGCUCACAGAACCUGCCAGAAGCUCAAGUCCUGGGAGUUUCAGAAGUGCCACUCUGCUGUCGACUUUACCUCCUUUUACAAGUCGUGUGUAACAGACAUGUGUGAGUGUCCAGUGCAUAAGAACUGUUUCUGUGAGUCCUUCAUAACACAUUGCAAACACGGCGCAGUUUAUGACACAUGUGGGCCUGGCUGCACUAAAAGCUGCCAUAACUGGAAUGAAAUCGGACCCUGUCAGAGGCCCUGCAUCGCCGGCUGCCACUGUCCCGCCAGCCUGGUCAUGUUUCAGGGCCACUGCAUUAAACCAACAUCCUGCCCCGGGCGAUGACCCACGACACGCAUACAAAAGCAGAGGCGUCCAAACACACAGAGGCAAAGACAACCGGACAUCCAUGACACUCCGAGAGACACGAACUGAUCCUCUUACCUCUGUAGUGUCCAUGCCGGAACUCCUCGCUCUAUGACAGGUCGUGAAUACUUCAUCCAAGUGCCUUAUCGACCUGUGGAGGAAUAAACCGCGUUACAAGAUUCCAAAGUGGACGUACAUAAACUCUAGUAUUAUCUGUUUAUUGGGUCAGCCAGUAUUUAAUACGCAAUCACUUGACUGAAAGGGAAACUAUUUAUGUAUUUUGUUGUUUAUUUUGUAUGCCGGAGACUAAGAUGUGACUGUUUUAGCAUUCAAGAGAAGCGUACUGUAUUUGUCCAUGCGAGCAUUCAUACAUUGAUGUGUGUAUGUGUUAUAAUAACUGUACAUUCACUCAUUAAGAUAUUAUAUAUAUGACCAGUAUAAAGCUUAUAUAUGUUAACGAAAAACACGUUUGUCACAGCUCAGGUUCAGAGAUUUCUCGUGUGUACAUUCAGGACUGGGAUUACAGAAUGACUUUGCACAUAUUUUAAAAGACGUUAAGCUAAAAAGUCAACUUCAUCUUACGUAAAAUGUGACGGAGUUAUUUGGGUACAUGAAAAUUAGGUGUAAAUUGAUAAAAUGCUGCGAUCUUGACCCGA